UAUAUCAACAGAACCAACACUCUUAUUACUAGGAUUGUGACCUAUCUCAUGAGCCAUGGAUUUGUGCUAUGCAUUCUCCAGAUUUUGACUGCAAUUAUUAACCUUGGCAUUGAUGUCCCUCACAAGACAUAUAUAUCAGAAAUCAUCAGGGCAAUACUUGGAACAGUCUAUGCAAAUUCACUUCUUGUGCUUCUCAACAUGCGAGCCCAUAUUGCUGCGACAAGAAGCAUCACAUUCAACGAACCUGAACAAGGCAUUGAACUGAGGAUCAAAUCAGAUAACAUAGCAUCCAGCUAGUCUGUGCUACUCUCUGGGUGUAAUCACAGUCUUCCCACUACUUAGGGCUGU